GAGCUUUGCAUCAAGAACUAUGGGGGUUGUGGGUUUGGUAAUGCCAGCUCUUGUGGGUGCUUCAGUCUUUGGCAGCAUAAAUGGUGAGGUAUUCUCUAUUUCCCGACUAGCAUUUACUGCUGGUGAAGAAGGACAUAUGCCUGCUCUUCUUUCAAUGGUUAAUAUUGACCGUUUAACUCCAAUUCCAUCUAUAUUAAUUGUAGUAACUCUAUCUGUAGUUUUUCAACUGUUCGAUGACAUACUUUAUUUGAUCGAGUUAACGGGAUUUGCUUUCUCUGUAAUAUCUGCGAUGGCUGUUUGUAGCUUACUCUACAUUCGUCGUACAAAUCCUCAAAUGAAUACAUCGGGAUUUAAAUUACCAAUUGUUUUUCCUGUGUUGUAUUUAAUUGUGGACAUCGCUAUUGGAAUCCUUGCAAUCUAUCAAAAGCCGACAGAUUGUGCAAUUAGUCUUGGAGUAAUGUUACUAGGUGUUCCAGUUUACAUUUUUGGGGUGGUAUGGAAGAACAAACCAAGAUCAAUUAGAUCUUUAAUAUAUGGUGUCACAAUCACUUUCCAAAAAGUUUUAAAAGUUGUUGAACAAGAAAAAGUCUCUGAAAUAUUAGAAUUAGAUGGUCAUUUAAAAUCUGUUGGUGAUGAACUAGAAAUAUCAUAAAAACAUGAUGAUAAUAAUAAUAAUAAACAUUAAAUAAAAAGCUGCGCUUUAUUCUUGUUCCCAUUCAACAAAACAAAGUACAUUUUAUUUCUAUAUCUAUGAAAUUUUCUAUUAUGAUUCCAUCAUGAACAUUUUUUUUAAAAAUUAAAUUAUUUUCAUUAUUCUUUAUUAUUAUUACUACUACCUGAAUUAUUUCUGCUGAAUAUCAUUGCUUCUUUUCUUUUUCUUUUCUUUUUUAAAAGAAAAGAAACAAUAUUGCGCCUAAAAUUACACUUGAAAUUUAUUCAAUCAAAAUAUUGUUUCUAUCAUUUGUAAAUUGAAGGUAACAUUUUGUUUUAGUUGUUUGUUGGUUUGUUUGUUUGUUUUCAUUUUUCCAUAGAAUGCAAUAUAACACAUUGUGCUUAUUCAUUUGAUGUUGUAUUGCAAAGAGAUUUCUUCGUUGUUUUCUUUUAUUUUUAAAGACUGAUAUUCAAUUUGUUAACAUCUUCUUUGCCAGUUUUAUUAUUAUUUUAUCUUUGUGAAUUCUUAUUUUUUAAUCCUAGAUAGGUACGUUUUUCUUAUUCUUUAAAUGAUUCACCUUAUAUGAUCAGUAGAAUAAUUUUCUUUUCUUUUUAAGAAAAAGUUUUUUGUAUAUCCUGAAUUGCUUUGAUAUAGAUCCUUUUUAAUGGAUUGCAAAUUCAUGUGUAUGUAUAUAGUUUAUACACAAAAUUCUUGAUAAUUUUGAAUUAAUAACUAAAUAUAUUUGGCUAUUUGUAAA